UGUAACAUGCAAUAAAGUCUACAAGCACAAUCAUCUGUCAGAAGAGAUCUUUAAAACAAAGUAUAAUAUGUGUAUGUCAUGUGAUCUGCUUUUUUUUUUGUAGGGAAACAGAACAGACAAUUGUGUAUCAGUCAGAAAGACACAAUUGUGUGUUUUUAUUGCUAGAGGAAUUCUUCCUUCCAUUUGAAUGAAUUGGACAUUAAUAUUCAAACCUGCAGCAAGACUGGGAACCCACCACUGCCUGACUGCACUGGGUUUUCAGCCUGCGUUGAUUCCCUUAAGGCUGAGGAUCAUUGAAACUCUGUUACACCUGGAAUGAAAAAAUAAGCAAGUGAAAGUGUUGGGUACAGUGAUGCCAAUGUGAAUCGUUCUGCUGUUACAAUCGCUUCUUUACUUGGAAAAAUGUCCUCUUCAAGUACAAACAUUCCCUCUCUGAGAAGAACAGGAGGUGACCUUAAUAUUCAAAAUAAUGAUGGCACUAUGACUGAUUUCUUUUCAAGUGCAAUUACUGACAGUGUAAUCAUAAACAAUCAGACUGAUAUAACAGAAAGGACGUCAUUGGAUGAUAUUUUUGGGGACGACAGUGAAAUCCAGUUGUAUUCCAACACAAAUCCUUUCAUCAAUUUUGAAUCUGCUGAAUGUAAGGCUGACGAUUCUUCAGGGUCGUAUCAUACCGCCUUGUGUUCAGAAACAGCCGAACAUUUCAGCAACUGCAGUGAAACCUUUGAAGUCACCAAAGAGGACCUCUCUCCCGAACAAAUAGAUACAGAACCAGCAGGCAGCUACGAAAGGGAUUUCUCACAAUCUACUUAUAAAACAGAGCACUUAUUCUACAAGGCUUCAAAAAACAGAAACACUGAUGAAAACGCUGGGCAGCUCACUUACAGUAACCAGGAUAAUGAACAGUACUCUGAAAUGAACGCUGGGCAGCUCACUUACAGUAACCAGGAUAAUGAACAGUACUCUGAAAUGAACGAUGGGCAGCUCACUUACAGUAACCAGGAUAAUGAACAGUACUCUGAAAUGAACGAUGGGCAGCUCACUUACAGUAACCAGGAUAAUGAACAGUACUCUGAAAUGAACGCUGGGCAGCUCACUUACAGUAACCAGGAUAAUAAACAGUACUCUGAAAUGAACGAUGGGCAGCUCACUUACAGUAACCAGGAUAAUGAACAGUACUCUGAAAUGAACGAUGGGCAGCUCACUUACAGUAACCAGGAUAAUAAACAGUACUCUGAAAUGAACGCUGGGCAGCUCACUUACAGUAACCAGGAUAAUGAAAUGACUUCUAAUUCAGGUCCAUGGAAGAAGAGUGAGCAGAGUUUUAAUGUGAAUAUAAAUAAAGGUGGUGACCAGCAAUAUCUUUCCAUAGUGAUGAGGGAUAAACCUCAUCUAAGUGUGGUCUCAACUGAUCUAAACCUGAGUAAUUCAAGGUCUGUCAGCAGACACUGUGUAAAGGAUCCAGCAGUGAGUGGGAGAGACAGAAGUGGCAUUGGCACAGAGAGACAGGCUCAGCUGUCACUCUCCUCCAAGAAUAGAAACAUUCCUGAGCACAGCAGCACACAGCUUCCAGUCAGAGAAGAGCAGCCGGGAAUGACGGGGUGUAGUGACUCAGCGUGCCGUUUCAGCUCCACAACCCAGGAAGAAAAGCUCUGGGACACCAAGAAACAGAACUCGACAGCCCACAAAAGAAGCACCUUUUCAGAAACCAACAGGCGCGGAGAAGCAGAUUGUACCAGUGAAACCUCAAGCAUGGGAAGUGAAUUUGAUGAAGCUGACAAUGAAGUCAAGUGUCUCACAGAUUUGGCCUUUAAAAGUUUAUCAUACCCUCAAGAUGAUUACCUUGACAUCUAUAACUCCAGUUACUACAGAUCUUCUACCAAUGUGUCGCAACCAUCGACAGAAGGGAGUUGUGGAGUAAAUGCUUGGCCAGCUUAUGCUGAUUUUUGUGAGUCUGGAAUUAAUUAUGCAGAUUUACCUGAAUACAAAGAUCGUGUUGACAGAUUUGAGAUGGGGAAUUUUGAAUGUGUGGAUGUUGUUCUGGAAAACCAAGAUCAAUUAAACACGAGCUGCAGCAAAAGGACUGUCCCAAAACGCCAAAUUCAACUCAAAAGACAAGAGGGGAAUGUUUUUCCAUCAAGGGGGCUUGCUGAAUGCCAGCCUACGUCCAGACCUUUUGAAAGACAUGCUCAGGAUAUAUUCAUUCGUCAACACAGCACUCCUGCGGUUAUCCAGGGUGAAUCAAAUAAAUAUGCAGAGGUGUUGGAUGAAAAUAAUAAAAAACAGAAACUACUCAAAUCAGUGUCUUUGGAUGAAACAUCUAGCAAAGCUAAAAUUGCAUCCUGUCUUAUAAAAAAUGUUUUAUCUAAAAAAAUGCAACAUGAACAUAAACUGCAGCUGGAACGUGGGGAUGUUCAAGAUGCAGAGCCAUCGUCCCCGCAAAGUCCUUCCUCGGUGUGUGGCACAGAAUUCAAAUAUUCUAACACUCCAUCCCAAGGAAACCUGUAUUACAGCUCUGGGGUGACAUCACAUGGCAUCUUUUCUUCAGAACACUUACAGAUGGAUUGUCUCAUGCAAAGCAAAUUUGAUUCAAGCAAAGCAAAUAAGGUAAGCAAACUAAUAAAGCACAACGGUUUAAAUUCAAAAACACAAGAGAAGACAGUUUGCAAGUAUGGUUUCCAAAGCUAUGAAAAGAGUUUAACAAGAGAUUCUGAUGCAGCCAUCAUUACCAGUGCACAGGGUAACAAGUCUAGAAUAGGAAUACCAUGGAGCAAUAGGAAAUUAUAUGGAGAUAACAAUCAUGUUAACGAUGUAGCAAAACUUAGUUAUGUUGCUAAAGAUUCUCUGGAAAGCGCACCAGCAGAGCCAGCUUCUGUAUGGUCAGCAUAUGAAUCUCCAAAGAAUGAUGAACAUGAAGCAAAAACAGACGACACUCAGCACUUUAUAAGAAAUGAGUUUACAUCAAAAACACCAGAGAUAACUUUGAGACCCAGGAAUAGGACUGAAAAGAAGAAUCAUACUUUUAGCAUUGCAAGAUUAUCUCCCAAUACUGAAGGCAAGAGCUCUGCAAAACAAAACUCAGAACCGCUGUUUAAAAGUAGAGCCACUACAUGUAUGGAUCAACAACAAUCUGAGAAACUGUCUCAGCUAGAGGUUAAAGACAGCAAUUUAAAAAACAAACCAAAAGCGCCAAUGCAUAAGGUUAGAGAUGUCAGAAAUCUUGUCAAACAUACCUACAAUUUAUCAUUUAAGGCAUCAGCUAUUAUUUCUCCGGAGCCUGCAGAUCAAGAACAAACCCUGAAACCACCCACAUAUCCUCCACCACUGCUAGUAGAGUGCAGGGCAAUAUGCAGACAGGACAGCAUGCUGGAUCCCACAUCUCCUCCACCAGAGUGCAAGGCAAAAAGCAGACAGGACAGCAUGCUGGAUCCCACAUCUCCUCUGCCAUUACUGAUGGAAUGCAAGGCAAUAAGCAGACAGGACAGCAUGCUGGAUCCCACAUCUCCUCCACCGGACUACAAGGCAAUAAACAGACAGGACAGCAUGCUGGAUCCCACAUCUCCUCUACCAGAGUGCAAGGCAGUAAGCAUACAGGACAGCGUGCUGGAUCCCACAUCUCCUCCAACAGAGUGCAAGGCAGUAAGCAGACAGGACAGCAUGCUGGAUCCCACAUCUCCUCCACCGGACUACAAGGCAAUAAGCAGACAGGACAGCAUGGUGGAUCCCACAUCUCCUCUGCCAUUACUGAUACAGUGCAAGUCAAAAAGCAGACAGGACAGCAUGCUGGAUCCCACAUCUCCUCCACCAGAGUGCAAGGCAGUAAGCAGACAGGACAGCAUGCUGGAUCCCACAUCUCCUCUACCAGAGUGCAAGACAAUAAGCAGACAGGACAGCAUGGUAGAUAAAAGCCAACAGCUAAUUGUUGAGAAACAGGUGUUUAAAAGCACCACUCAAAAGGUACUUCCUUGUCAAAACAGGGAAUAUGCUUCUGUUGCAGUACCAAAAACAUGUGAUUUUGAAGAAAGUGAAUCUAACAGUAUCACAAAGAAGGAUUUAAAGGAGGAAUCCAUGAUACCACCAAACCACAAUCUUUCAGAUACAUCUGGAAACUCCCAAAUCUACUGUGAGAGUGUGCCACCCAUGGAGGUGUAUUGUGCAGCAGAUCAACUCGAUAAAGGAAGCAAAACCUCACCGCCAAACAGGGAGGGGCACAAACCAAAUCCACAAUGUCUUCCAUCAAAAAACAGCCAUUCAGUUUCAAUGAUCAUCAAAGAGAAAGGUUUUCAAGCCGAUAUAGGAUUAUUUGAUAGUGAACCAAUUCACUCCCCCCCAAAGCAUGUCAACACACUUGAGGUACCAUUACAAACCUGCACCUCCAAAGACAAAGUCAAGGAAGAGAACUCAGUGCAAACUAGCAAUUCCCUGUCAAUAAACAUGAAUCCAGCUUCAGCUACAGAGCUGAGUUCAGAGGCACCACAAGCAAGUGAUAUCAUCGUUAAAGAGCUACAGCCUCAAGUUAAACACCAUCAAUCUACAAAUGAUAAAUUGAAGUGGCAAAUUCCAGGCUGUGUAGAUCAUAAUAUUACUUCAGAUGACCCACCACAAUAUGAAGAGAAGCAACACUCCAGGCAGUUUGUUAGAACACAAGUAUCACCAGGACAAACACCAUCUGAAAAUCCCAGUAGAUCCUUUAAAAAGUGUUCUUCAGAUGGAUACAUAAGCCCACCACCACAAACACUUCCACCACUUCCUCCCUCAGGAGGACCACCUGCUAAAGUACAGGAUCUAAGUAAAGCUUUGCUGACUAAAAGCCAACCAACAAAGAGGACUCAACUGCAAGCCAUGAACUCUGAACCUCUGAAUUGUGUAACUAUUCCUCCACAGGUUCAGCAGAAGAGCCCUUUGAACCCUUGCUCUUUUCAGCCGGGCUCUUUAGCAAAUUCAAACUUUCAACCCCAGCAAAGCUUUGAUGACAAACCAUUUAAAAAAGAAACUUCUCCUGAUAAACUGUGUGGGACCCCAUCAUAUAGGCAGGUUGCUUCCACGAAGAUGGUUCAGGAAGCCCAGCCACAGUUCAUGUGUAGCCCUGUAGGGUUCCCUUCAACGUAUGCAACAAAGAGAGAAACUGAACGUCUUUCGUUUGCUGAAAACAAUUCCAGCAUGCCUUGCUUCCAGUAUCAUCAGAGCCGAAGAAAAGUUCUGUAUGAUCCCGAGACUGGCAAAUAUUUUUACAUUGAGGUUCCUGUUCAGCCUCAGCGUAAAAUGCUUUAUGAUCCAGAAACUGGACAAUACGUGGAGGUGCUGAUACCUCAGCAAUGUUUAGCACAAGGUAGUGUGUAUCAGCCCCCCACCUCUCCUUAUUCUUCUUUCAUGAACCCAGGAAUGUAUGGAUCUCCCUAUAUGCCUUACACAGGUCUGCCAAUGCCUCCCCACGCAGCUUCACCUUGAGGCACCCUGAUCUGCACAAUCAGAACUUACCCCAGAAUAACCUGCAGCUUAGCGUCACAGCUAACCAAGCACUGAAGCCAGCCUCGCAGAACACCCAGCCUGCUGAACCCAGCUGUCUGGAAAGCAUGUAUUAUAUUCCUAUAGGAAUGGCAGUGAGCCCCAACACAACACAACCAGCCUUUUAUCAGAAUUCUCCUUCGAGUUCACCGGGGAAAAGUGCCAGUGUUGCAUUACCUAUCCAACAACACCCAGCACAUGUAGUUGGCUUUACUGAGGGAUAAAAAGGCAACAUCUACUCCAAACUGUGUUUGAACUGUCAUUUAUACACUCAUAAUCUCUUUGUAUUGUGAGUUCACUGUUAGGAGAAUGGUAUGGAUGCAUAUGAAAGAGAGAAAGACCUAUUUUAUUAUGCCUAUAGUUGAGAUAUUACCGAGACUCUCUUUUAGGAGUGGAACAUGAUCCUUGACUUUGGAGUUCUUUUCAAAGCUUGGUACAGUAAGUGGAUUGUGAGUAAAUGUAAACUUUCAAUUCUCAAAAGUAUACAUCUGCUUAUCCUUCGUAUUUCAAUUCAGCUAUUUAAAUAAUGACAUACAGAAUGUAAUUACCAAGCUUUCAAAAUAACAACUGUUCCCCUGUAAUUUGUCACACAAACAUGCACCAAAUGAGUACACUGUGGAAUUACAAUGAAAUCCAGUUGAGUACACUUUGAAAUUACAGUGAAAUCCAGUUGUGUACACUGUGGAAUUAGAUCGUGAGCUGUUAGCAGUAAGUGGUUAAUGUGUAAUAUCUGGUUGGGAUGCACUACUAUAUAAUGUACGUAGGGCUUGCAUUUUUCUUUUUUUUUUUUUUGAGUUCGGGGGUGUUUUUUCAUUUAUUAUAAUUAUUUGGCAAAAUCAGUUAUUUUCGGUUAUUAAAAAUAAACUAUACUCAAACGCAUCCAUUUUCAGUUUCAAUAAUUAAUAAAUUGCAUGUAAGUUUUACUAAUACAUAUACAAACGUUAACUUACAGUGUUGAAGUGAAGAUGUCCACAUUUAGUAUUCUGGCAAUUUAGAAUUGUGGAUGCAUUUUGAAUCCGAGAAUUGUGAGAAGUAUUUCGUUUUAUGCCCUACACCGCCUCCGUAUCUAUCACUGUAAUGUUGGAGUCCGGAUAUGAUUAAGAAAUAACUCCUGUAUCAAUAACUGAGCUGGAUGCAGACGGAUUCCACUCUUCCAGUAUGACUUCAGCUCACACAAUAACUCCUAUAUCAAUAGCUGAGCUGGGUGCAGACAGAGUCCACUCUUCCAGUAUGACUUCAGCUCACACAAUAACUCCUGUAUCAAUAACUGGACUGGAUGCAGACAGAAUCCACUCUUCCAGUUAUAUGACUGCAGCUCACACGUUCCAACCUCUCAACCCACUCACUGCCUGGUUUGUCAAUAAAGCUUAUUCAAUAAAGACCCUUCAAUAACUUUAUACAAACAGAAGGCAAACACAAAUACUGCAAAGCAAGCUAAAGUUUAACCAACUGACUUAUUAGCCUUUUAACAGUAGUUUGCAUUUAUUAUAAUUAUUCUUUUAUUAAUUGUAAUACUGAUGUUGUUUUUAUUAAUUUUGAAAAUUUGACACACAUUAUUAAUUUUGUAAAUAUAAAUGUUAACCUAACUUUAAAAUAAUUACUGGUCCUGAAUUUAUUGGUUCUAAACAAUAACAAACUGAGUUGUUGUUUUUAUUUCAGGUAUGAGUUGUUUUUUUUAGUCCCUAACAUGUCUUUCUUGUUUUUGUUCACAUGUUACUUUCCACUUUGUCUUCAUUUGUAUUCUAAUUUCUGCAUUUAUAAAAAUACAUUCAU